CAACUCCGCCUCCCAGCCCUCGGUCCAGCCUUGCUCUGGGUCGCAUUUUACAACUUUUAGUACCUAAUGAUUUAAAUAAGGGCUAUUCAAGUGCUCGUACUGAGAAGUUGAUUUACCGAAGAAAAAAAAAUAUCCGCUAAGUUACAGACAUCUCUUUCCCAAUUUAAGUCUUUGAGAAAAAGUAUUUUUGGGACCAAUUGCAUCACGUGAUGGACACAGAAGUUGUAGUACCACCGUUUGGCCACUAUGUCAAAUUUGCUUCAAAGCCCGUCGCUCUUCCUGGGGGCUUGGUGCUAGUUGGCCGGACAGUCUAACAUUUGCAGUCUAUCCGUCCUUACAGUUUUUCUGUUGUGUUUUUGCUUUUGUGUAAAACAACAAAAAAGACGCCAUCCAAACUAGUAAAGAAAUCCAAAGCUUGACAGACAUGCCUUGCCUAGAUACGGUUGCUACGUUUGGACAAUAACUUUUUGGGGGAGGAAUUUAGAAAACAGUCAAUUGCAACAGAAUGACAGUAACAGAGAGCAGGCAGGAACAAGGAUACUGAUGAACCAUGCGGGUACCUUUCUCUUCUCACUGACGAAAAAUGGCAACAACCGGCUCAACCUUCAACGCAACCACAGACGACUAUGACUAUAGCGAUGUGUAUGAAGAUGAAAUGUGCAACAAAACAAGCGUCAUGCGGUUUGGGGCGAUCUUCACUCUGGUGUUCUUGUCCAUGGUGGUCAUCCUCAGUCUGUUUGACAACAUCCUGGUCAUUGUGAUUCUGGUCAAGUAUGAGAAACUCAAAUCCCUCACCAACGCUUUCAUCCUGAACCUGGCUGUAUCGGAUCUCUUCUUCACCACAGGUCUGCCCUUCUGGGCCUACUAUCACAUGUAUGGAUGGACUUUUGGGGAAUAUGCGUGCAAACUAGUCAACUUUGUCUUCGACGUUGGUUUCUACAGCAGUGGUAUCCGCCUCAUCCUGAUGACUGCUCACCGUUAUGUCGCUGUCAUGAACCCUCUGUCUGGCAUUGUGUCCACCACAGGCUCCAAAAGUAUCAUAACGUGUGUGAUCGUUUGGGCUGUGAGUAUAUUUGUCGCCAGUCCAGCCUUCGUCUUCACCAAAGUGGAGCAGAAUUACUGUGGAUAUCCUAAUUCUUACUGGCGCUUAUGGGGAAUCUACCAGCAGAAUAUUCUCUUCAUAUUGAGCUCAGCGGUGUUCAUUUUUUGCUAUUCUCAGAUCAUGUGCAGGUUGCUGCGUCCUACUGUCCAAAGAAGGAGGAGCAAAACUUUAAAACUCAUUUUCACUCUCAUGGUUGUUUUCUUCGUGGGCUGGGCACCUUACAAUAUAGUUAUAUUUCUAAAGUCAUUGUACUCCUGGCCCGAACCGCCGGCUGACUCAAAGACUGUGGCUAAAAUGUGUGAAACAUCCGAUCCACUGGAUUACGCCCUUUACAUUAGCCGUCUCUUUGCCUUUUCACACUGCUGCCUCAACCCUGUGUUUUAUGUGUUUGUGGGGAUUAAAUUCAAAAACCACUUGAAGAAAAUGCUGAAGGGCUGGGGCCACAGCGAUACCGGCAUCCGCAAUAGACAUAGCCGACUCACAAUCACAUCGAUGACAAGUGGUGAAGAGUUCUCAGUGUAGUUGAUAGAGAAGUGAAACCAGAACUUCCAGGUUCUAUACCAGAGGAAAGAAAACCUAAUUCCCAUUGACAUUAUAAUGGCACAAAUAACAGAGGGGCCAGUGCCCCUGUAAUAUUAAUCCUGGACCCUGCUCUGGCCCCCCUAACUGUGGCCAACAUUUUUCACCCCACAUUUAUCCCCAGAGAGGAGAAAUUGCAAUUAUUCAUAGCUGUGAUAAAAUGUAUGUUAGCUCUGAACGAGUAUUAUUGUGUUUAUUGUUAUAUAUGUAACGUUAGUCUUUUGGAGAACCAAACCUAUGGGGGUGAUAAAUAGACUGCAUUUAUAUCCCUUUUUUAGUCUUAGUGACCACUCAAAGCGCUUUACAAACAUAGACUGUACACAUUUUCUCAAAGAUAUAUUAUAUAUAUUUACUCCCUGGAUAGUAGUCAAACUACUAAUAGUUCCUGACAUAAACUCAGUCGACUCUUGCCAGUGGGAAAAAAGCUUAAAAGCAUGCAGACGUGGCCAAGAGGGUCAGUUGUUGUUCAGACAUCAGAAUGAGGAAGAAAUGUGAUCUACUUGACUUUCUAUUCGCCAACCACACUUUCUGGCACCAACAAUCAUUUCAUGGUCAAACUGCCCAUCCGUCUGUUGAAUUUACAGAGAACUGUGCAAAAAACAUCCAGUGAGUGGCAGCUCUGUGGGCGAAAAUGCCUUGUUUAUGAGAGAGGUCAGGGGAGAAUAACCAGACUGGUUCAAGCUGACAGGAAGGCGACAGUAACUCAAAUGAGCAAUACAUACUACCUAGUAUAAGGUACACCUGAUACACCAGCCACUGAGUGUAUAAGAAGUAUGUAUUCUUUGUGAUAAAAAGUGAUAUGCAAUGUACAGUAUUUCAUCCAUCAAUUCAUCCAAAGCUCACCUUUCCAUCCAAACUGCACUAUAAUAAAACAACAAUGAGCCUUGUAUCUUUGUGUUAAUGUGAUUUUGAAUGCAUGCUGAUAAAUUGAUUAUACAUUGCAUUAUAGAUAAUAUAACUGUAUGUGAUUCACUUUGAUUAACUGUGAUUUACUUUAUGUUUUCAUAUCAAUCAUUCAGAUCAAUUAUUCUAUAUUUUCACCUUCAACAUUUUCAGAAGUUGUGCAAGUGAAAAUGAAAAAAUAUUUUCCUUUCAUGAGUAUUUUGCUUUUGAUCAUUUGGAAU